CUUUUUGGAAGAAAAUGACAAUGCUGGCAAUCAAACUGACUUGCUUGGACGACGCUGCCAUUCAUAGAAACAGCAGAGCCACAACAUCGAUCGGACCACAAGCAUAAGUUUGCCACAAAAAGACUACCAUGAAGACCAAAACAGCACCGAAAGAAGCUACCCAGAAGGUGCUUGAUAAGGAUGAUGUUUGGGUGGGCGGCAUUCUCCCUUUUGUCGGCAUGGGUCAGUUUGCCUACCUUGCCCCUGUGAACCGCAAAGUAAAGGACCUGUAUGAGUCAUACUGCAGCACCGUGCAGAAUCCCCCGAAGGUUUUGGAUCACGAGGAAAAGAUCCCAGCAACCAGCAAAGCUACAUUCUACAGAAACAUUUUCUCCAGCGUCGAAUGCGCCGAAUUCUGGUACAAUGCCAAUGCUUCCAAUCAUCAACUGCUACACAACAAGAAUGUCUGCCAAUGGAUUGCAAGAGUUGGGAACCUUCGAGUUCUCCAGUGGGCCCGUGAGAAAGGAUUUCUAUGGGAUGAAAGGACCUGUGCUGCUGCUGCUCUGGGAGGACAUUUGGAUGUCCUGAGGUAUGCCCACGAAAAUGGCUGUCAUUGGGAUAGAACAACAUGUUCUGCUGCUGCUGCAGGAGGUCAUUUGGAAGUCCUAAAGUACGCACAUGAAAGCGACUGCCCUUGGAAUGAAUGGACAUGUGCUGGGGCAGCAAGCGGCGGAAAUCUCAAUGUCCUAAAAUAUGCACGGAAACACGGUUGCCCUUGGAAUGAAACUACCUGUUCCAAUGCUGCUCAACAUGGUCAUUUACAUUUGCUGAAAUGGGCCAGAGAAAAUGGGUGCCUAUGGAAUACAGAUACUUGCACCGAUGCUGCUGCAGGUGGCCAUUUGGACGUCAUCAAAUAUGCACACAGAAAUGGUUGUCCAUGGGACGAAUGGACAUGUACUGCAGCUGCCAGAGGCGGGCACUUGAAGACAUUGCAAUGGGUCAGAGAGAAUGGAUGUCCAUGGGAUGAAUGGACAUGUGCACAGGCUGCAAGAAGUGGGCAUUUGGAGACUUUGAAAUGGGCUAGAAACAAUGGCUGCCCAUGGGAUGAAUGGACGUGUUCUCGUGCUGCCCAACAAGGGCAUUUGAAUAUUUUGGAAUGGUUGCUCAAGAACAACUGCCCAUGGGAUGCAGGAACAUGUGCAGAGGCAGCUGGAGGUGGACAUUUGGAAGUAUUGAAAUUUGCACAUGAAAAUGGCUGUCCAUGGGAUAAGUCAGUGUGCUGCCGUGCGGCUGAAGGUGGCCAUUUGGAAUUGUUGAAAUGGGCAAGAGAAAAGGGAUGCCCGUGGGAUGUUUGGACAUGUUCUUAUGCUGCUGAGGGUGGACAGCUGGAAACAUUAAAGUGGGCUCGAGCUAAUGGCUGCCCUUGGGACCGCAGGACGUGCACUUAUGCUGCUGGAGAUGGCCGAUUGGAUUUGUUGAAGUGGGCUAGGGCGAAUGCCUGUCCAUGGGAUGGAAGAACAUGCAGUCAUGCUGCAGCUGGUGGACACUUGCAGGUUCUCAAGUGGGCCAGAGAAAAUGGCUGUCCUUGGGAUGCCAAGACGUGUUCCAAUGCUGCACUUCACGGUCAUUUGGAGGUUUUGAAUUGGGCCAAAGAAAAUGGAUGUCCAGAGAGCUGUGGCUCAGAUAUUCUUUUGUAGUAUAGAAACAAAUUAGUGAAGAAUUCAACCCUGCCAGAAAGUACAACGAAAUUAGUACCACCCACCCCUCAAAUAUAUCCAAAGAA